AUGCCUCCUAAGGUAAAAAGGCGUGGUUAUCAAAGUGUAUCGCUGGAUAUACUUAGUGGCCUUCCUGGUAAUGUAAUCGAUGAUAUUCUUAUGCUUUUACCUCUACGAGAUGAUGUGAAGACAAGCAUCUUAUCAAAAAAUGGCAGACUUCCGCAGUUGACACUUGACAGCACACAUUGGAAAAUGGAUUACGACUUAUUAUCCCCUAUAAUUGGAUUGAAAAACCAUCUUGUUCUUGAACUUCCGUUGCUUAGCCGAUACAAAUUACCUUCUGCAAUUUUCUCAAUUUUUCUAUUGAGGCAUACGGCUCUUGAAAAUUGUUCAAUGCCGCUUCCUUCACCUGCCUUCAAAGGAUCUGAUAGGUUAAUUAGCCUGGAAUUACGUCAUGUUAAUAUUUCUUCCAUAUUUCUGCAAAUUCUUAUUGCUAACUGCCCGUUGGUUGAGGAGCUUGUGCUGGAUGUUACUUUAAGCGACCACGGUAGUGACAACGUCAUUGAAAUUAAUGCUCCCAUGCUGAGAUUCUUUAAUUUCCAUGGAAAUAUAACAUCUGUAUGUUUAAGAAUUCCUCGUUUGACUAAACUCACCCUUUGGUAUAAUGCAGAUUUAUAUGGGGUAGGUAAAUUUAUUCUUGCCACAUUUUUUGAGUCUUUUUCUGUUCUUGAGCAUCUCAGCCUGGAUAACGGUAGUAUCGAGCUCUUUGUUGGAGCAGAUGAAGUUUUAGCAGUGAGGCUCCCCUAUAUUCUUAACUCUGUCAAACACUUUCACCUUUAUAGUUUUUGUCUGGGUGAAUUGGAGGUUGCAUGUGCUCUUUGCUUGAUAAGAAGCUUCCCGUAUUUACAAUAUUUGGAAAUGCAGGUGGGUGAUUACGAUAAUGAUAUUCCGGUUUUUGAAUUUAUUGAAGUGGAAGCUUCCUCAGAAGUGACAUUUAAUCACCUCAGGGAUGUUGAGCUAAGAAAUAUCAUAGGGUCAAAGCCAGAGAUACAACUUAUCAAAUUUCUGUUAGCCAAGUCUCCAGUGCUCGUGAGAAUGCUAAUCACGCCAAGGGAACGUGAGGAACCUGUACCAGCCAAAAUAGGAGAUUAUGCAACAGUCCGACUACUUGUUGAGCUAACCAAAUUUCAGCAUGCAUCACCUAAAGCUGAAGUCGUCUUCAAUCUGGACUAG